AUGAGAGAAGUUGAGUUCGCCAUCAAAACGGGCUUCAUCUCGGCCGAGCGACUUCCGGCGUGCCAAAAAUUGUGCUUACAUCACGGAGACGGCAUCUCCUUGGUUGCAGGCGACAAAACGCGAGAGCUGCAAGAAUACGUGCGGGCGAGGGGCACGUUGGUGGCAUCGCUGGCAGAAAACCCACCGCCUGAAGAUAUUAAGACAACAGUCUUCAUGAAGGAGUACGGCCAUGGGCAAUUCGGGAAGAGGAACCCGCCAAGAUUGGACAGGCGCUCCUUGGGAGAGGAGGGCAGUACUGAUGCUCCUGCUGUAGCACAGCCCCUUGACACCGGCGCGAACAGCAAACCCGAACCCAUGGACUUAAGCUCCGUCGAGAGCUUUGUUCGUUGGUACGGAUCAUAUGCACUUAGGCACUACCAUCGUGUAUGUCCCUCAAGAGACCUCGAAAAGUAG